AAGGCUAGUUUUUUUUAGCCUUGCUUUCUACGGUUAGAUGGCAUCAGCUGCGCAAUCAAUCUGAGUUGCUAGCGAAAGCAAUGGAGUCCAGCUCUGUGAAUACGCAAGGUUGAACAUGGAAAAUGACAGGCCUUACAUGAGAUCCGAGACGUCUUGAUCCCAUGUACCUGCUGUGGCGGCUGGCAAUCUCAUUGUGAGCAUCAUUCCACCUCUUCCUUUGGACUAGCCAUUUAGAUUUGGUGCAUAUACACCUCAAGAGACCAUGUACUGCCUGCAGUGGUUGCUCCCAGUCCUGCUCAUCCCUAAACCUUUGAAUCCAGCAUUAUGGUUCAACCACUCCAUGUUCAUGGGCUUCUACCUGCUCAGCUUCUUGUUGGAGAGGAAGCCGUGCACCAUUUGUGCCUUAGUGUUCUUGGCAGCACUGUUCCUCAUCUGCUACAGCUGCUGGGGAAACUGCUUUCUCUACCACUGCCACGAUUCUCCACUGCCGGACUCUGCACAUGAUCCUAAUAUCGUUGGCACCUAAAGAGCAUCAACAUCGGCUCGCUCAACAGUUACAAUCUGGACAAUCUUAUAUCUAAAGCCUGGAACCAAGUCCCUGCCAGGAGAGAAGCAAUGCUGAGAAAUAGCACUGUCUGCCCGUGAUGUGAUAAUGACAUACCGUAUCCCUCUCCUACACGUUCACCUCUUUUAUUUGUACUAUUGAUCUCUUUCUGGGGUCAGAUAUGAAAUUUGCAUGAGUGACCUCUGACCUGUAGGGUUCUUUUCUCUUUUUUUUCCAGUGGUUUAGAAAAACAUGCAUUGUUACCAACGUUUUAAAUGAAGUGUUCCCGAUGGUGUAAAUUAAAAUGAGCUUGAGUGGGUCAUCGGCCUUCCUCCCAUCAGGAUAGAUUGACAGUGAUUUGGUUUGCAAGGAAGCCUUAAGGGAUGUAUGGAGAACAUACAGCUUGCAGACCCCCCCCCCCCCCCCCCCAACAUAAGAUCAGGUACUCUGACAAUUUCUAUCGGUGACCCUUCGGGUGUGUUAACCUGUCACCCUACUUGGCAUGAGUAUGGCAAAAUGUCCAUGUAUUAUUGGAGUAUGUGCAAGAUCAAGGGUGAUCUGAUUGUCUUGGACUAUAUGGGAUUGGGUGUGUCUUCAGCAAGGACUUUUUUUAUACACAAUGGGAAAAGCAGCCCAAAUGGUUGAAUGUUCAUAAUGGGGAGAAUGCACCACAAGAAUUACCUAGCAUAGGCUGAACAACAGGUGUGACAUGCCCCUUGUUUACGUCACCAAAGUCAUUAGAUGAAAAGGUGCAUUUUUUUCCCCUUGCGCUGUUUUUAUUCAACCUACUACCCUAGAUGGCCUGUUUGGAGAGCUUUUAGCACUUCAAAUGACUUGCCCCCCCCUGUAUUUAGACUAAUGAGCUUUUCGGUUGAAAGGGUUUAGUUUUGUACUCGUUCUCACUCAGUAUUACAUCGUUCUGGACAGAGGACCUAUCCGGAUGAGGGUUGAUCUUUCUGCUGGUGGCCAUCCAAUGACCCACAGGCACACUGCGGCAUAGUUGUUUUUGUUUGCCUGGUCUGCUUUUAAAAGAAACUUUUUGACAAUGAAUCAAACAAUACUUGUGAAUUGUGUUGCGUGUGAUUUGUCAUAGCUUAAGAAAAAAAAUUGUUUGCCAUUAAACGAGAUUAGAGUACA